AUGGAGCCUUAUAAGGCGAGUGUGUACAAAGAACAAAUAAAUAUGUGGAACGUGUCUUCUGAUUACGAAGUAUUUUUGAGCUUUAGAGGACCAGACACUCGUUUGGACAUUGCUGAUUACCUUUACGUCAGCAUGAUUGAUGCUGGAAUUCGGGCAUAUAGGGACGAUGAAGAGCUCCAGGCAAGUGAAUUUGUGAAAGAAGUUGUCAAUGAUGUUUUAACUGAGUUGAAAACUGCUUACUUGGAAGUAUCUGAUUGCUUUGUCGAAGUAGACAAUCAUGUGGAUGAAAUCAUGAGGAUGAUAGGUGCACACAGCUGUGAAACAAAGAUUGUUGGAAUCCAUGGUAUGGGUGGCGUGGGAAAGACGACUCUUGCCAAAAUAGUGUACAAUCAACUUUCUAAUGAUUUUCUUGAUUAUUGCUUCCUUUGUGACAUUCGAAAAACAGAGAUUACACACUUGCAGAAUCAACUCUUAUCAAACAUCCUUAAAAAGAAAUGGUCUGAUAUCAACAAUGUCAUGGAAGGGAAAAAGGAGAUAAAAGAAAGGUUACGCUCUAAAAAAGUGCUUCUUCUACUUGAUGAUGCAAGUCAAAUUGAUGCGCUCGUGUUGAAGCAUGAGUGGUUUAGCAAGGGAAGCAAGAUUAUCAUUACAACUAAAGAUCGAGGAAUUCUCAAUGUUGAUGAGACUUACGAACUUACUGGCAUGGAUUUUGAUCAUUCUCUUAAACUUUUUAGCAAACAUGCAUUUAGAAGAGAUUAUCCCUUAGAGCAAUACAUUUCUCACUCUGAAAUGACAGUAAAUAUGUGUAACGGUCUCCCUUUAGCUCUUGAGAUAAUAGGUUCUCUUUUAUCUGGAAAAAGCGAAGAGGAGUGGGAUGCCACAUUAAAUGAGCUAGAAGAAUCUCCUCAAGAGAAUGUUAGAAAGAAGUUAAUGAUCAGCAUUGAGGCCUUAAAUGAAAACCAAAGAAGAAUAUUUCUCGAUGUUGCUUGUUUUUUCAUUGGGUAUGAUAAAAGAAUUGUGAUUCACUUGUGGGAAAGUUGUAAGUUUCUUCCUCAUCAAUCUCUUGGAAUCCUCCAGCAAAGAUCUUUGAUAAAGAUUACAAACAAUAAUCAACCGUGGAUGCAUGAUUGGUUAAGAGAUAUUGGAAGAACUUUUAUAGAAGAAGGAAGUGGUAUGAAACCAGAGAACCAGCAAUGGGUGUGGACUCAUGAGCAAGCAUUGGAUGUUUUAGAGAAAAUGCAGAAUGGAGGUGGUUUUCAUAGAAAUGAAAGCAUUAAAGCAAUAUGUCUUGAGUUCGAUGAACAAUCUCGAUAUCCCUUCAUCAAAGAAUUCUUAGCUAGCCUUUCAAAUCUAAGGUUCCUUCGAGUAGACAAAAAGUCCAUAUCUCAAGUGGAUAGUAAAGACUUCAAUAGAGACUCGAUGUCCAUCCUUACUCAAGCUGAUCCUUUCCAAUACUACCAGAAUUCAAACCGAUGUAUCCUUUCAGAAUUGAGAUGGCUUUCAUGGAAUUCUCUUCCUAUGGAUUAUGAGCUGACCACUUUCUCCUCGAGGAAGCUAGUAAUCCUUGAUUUAUUAAGGAGUAACAUCACAGAAGAAUGGAAUGGAUGGAGUCUCAUAAAGCAUGCUAGGAAUUUGAAGGUCCUAAAUCUAACUGGAUGCCAAGAAUUGCGUGAAACUCCAGACUUGUCUUCUAAUGUGAAUUUAGUACAACUGAUUCUCAAAGGAUGUAGGAGUUUGGUUCGAAUCCAUCCAUCCAUUAGUCACCUUAAGAGGUUAGUCAUCUUAAACUUGAAGGAUUGUUAUCAUCUCCACAUGCUACCUAAUGAGAUGGAGGAGCUAGAAUCUUUAGAGCAACUUCUUUUGGACUCUACAUCUAUAGAAGAGAUCCCUGAAUGGAGAAAGGCGAAGAAACUGAAAAUUCUCAGCUUGGUUGAAUGUAAAUCACUAAAAAAGUUCAAUUUUGUUGGUUGUGCAAUAGUGGGAGUGGAUAGCCUUUUCACUCGACUACCUAAGUUGAUUGAAAACUUCAAUUCACUAACUGAGUUGGAUCUAAGGAGUUCAACAAUUCAGGAGUUGCCCGAUUCAAUUGGAAACAUGAAGAAUUUAAGAGUAUUAAAGAUGCACGAUAGCUCCAUAAGAAAACUACCCAAUGCCAUUGGAAUGUUGGAGAAGCUCAAAGAGUUACAGGUAGGGGCAUUUACAAAACUGAGAGGAGAGAUUCUUGAUAAUAUUGGGAAGCUACGAGUUUUGAAAAGUUUGCGGGUGAAUAUCUGUGGAAUUUCAGUGGCACCACAACUUCCAAAAAGUUUAAUAGUUCUAUGUUUUAUUUCGACUUCAAUAAAGAUGUUGCCACUCUCGAACCUAUUAAACUUGAGAAUAUUGAAUGUGUGUUCUCCAAGUAUAACCACCCUAUCGCCCAAUAUCAGUUUUCUUUCUCAGCUAAAGGAACUCAUUCUCCACUGCAAGAAUUUGCAAUGCCUACCUAGGCUUCCAACAAAUCUGUCAUUUUUAUGGAUAAGGGAGAAUAACAAGUGGAAAACUACAAAUGAUCUCUCGUAUUUGAAAUCAUUACAGAAGUUGUUAGUUUGGGAUUGUCCCAGGCUAACGAAGAUUCGAGACCUUGAAGGUUUGCAGAAUUUGAAAGAAUUAGAGCUCAAGGGACUUCCAUCAUUGGCAAAGUUGCCUCAUCUGACUAACUUGAAGGAGCUCGAGAAGAUUCAUCUAGAGGAUUGUCCUAAGCUUUUUAAGUUUUGGUGUAGUCUAGACUCAGUGGAGUUCGUUGAUAACCUCAAUUUGAAUAUGCUGCUUGCUUCAUCGGGCUCCAAACAUCUACAUAUUCAACUUCAACAAAAGGAGUAUGAUCCGAUUACACUUUGCACACGCUGUAGGCCUUUGGAUCGUUGACGUUUUCUUUUCACUAUUUUGCAUCACGUAUGUAUUAAGGCCCUUGAUAAGUGCCGUCUCUCCGACUUUAUGAUGUGAUUUUGGUUACUCAAAAAUAAAUCAGUCAUGCUUCGUAGCAAAAUGAACGAGAA